AUGCGAGACAGUAGAGAAUUUAAAUUCGUAACUCGUCGGAAGAAACGUAUAUCUCGUGUUCGAAAUAUAAGUCGUACAAGUACUUUUUUAACCACGGACGAUGUCGAUGACGAUAGUCCGAACAUUAAUUACGAAACACUGAAUCGAAAGCUACUAGAUGCUGAAGUUGAAGUGAGAAAUUCAUCGUUCGCUGACAAUGUUUUCCAUUAUUUGAAAGAUUCAUUAACCUCUUUAAAUAGCAGUGACAUUUCUGAUAUAUUGUGCUUCGGCUUGGGUCACUUUUCUAAUCAAAGAUCCUCUAAAUAUCAACUAGCAUUACUUUUAUCUUUGAAAAAACAUUAUAACUCUCAAAUCUAUAUAUAUGAUCCAGUUUUUUCUUCUAAAGAAAUCAGGUUUCUGAAACGACUUGAUUUUAAUGUUAUAACAAUUAAUGAAGAAGGCAAACAUGUUAUACGUAAUAAUAUUACAUUGGUGUACAUGCCACAUUGUUCUGUCCACUUAAUUAAUAAUUUCCUUUAUGCAAAUUGGUCUAAAAACUUAAACAAGUGCAUCCUUUUGACAAAUAGUUUUUCAAUUAUUAUGGAUAAUUUAAAAAAACAUAGGCCUAGUCUUAUUGAUUAUAUUAUUCGCAUAGAACCAUAUGUUACAGAAAUUACUUUAAGAAAUGAUUUUAUAUAUGAAGAAGUAUUCAAUGACUUAAGUAUUCAUACAUUUUUUGAACAUGACAUUAACAGAAUUCCUGAAAAUUUUUGGAACAUACGAGAAAAACCUUGCUAUCGGAGCACAAGAAUUGAUUAUUAUACUGCUAAGGAAACUGAAGAAAUAGAUACUAAGAAUUGUAAAUAUAUUUUUUUAAUUAUUAUUGAAUAUAUUGAUAGUAUUUUUAACAUUGCUAACAUUAAAGUAUUGAAAUAUACAUUUAUAUAUCACAUGCAAAGCAAUUUAAAUAGUAAAGUAAUAUCACAUAAUUCUGUCGAAUUGUACAAAUUAAUAUCAUUGUGAUGCAAAUUUGAUAAACAGAUAUUAAUAUCUGUUAGUAAGCAACUUAUUCUGUUUGUUAUAGGUAACAAGCAAGAUGAAACCUAA